AUGGAGGCUGCGGGGCUUCCCCAAGCGAAGAGGUGCUACUGGGAGGCCCUGGAGAAGCUCUCCCCUCGCCUCUGUUUUCUCUGCUCCCUGGUGACCUACGCACUGGUGGGCGCUGCGGUCUUCUCGGCCAUCGAGGGCAGCCAGGACCUACGGGCAGAGGACCCGGAGUUUGAGGAGUUCUUGGAGAAGCUCUGUGGCAUCCUGAAAUGUAACAGCACAGUUGAGGAAGGCCGGAAGCGGGACCUCGAGAAGCUGCUGCAGAAGGUGAAGCCCCAGUGGUUUUCCACGUCUGCAGACUGGUCCUUCCUCAGCUCACUCUUUUUCUGCUGCACGGUCAUCAGCACAGUGGGUUACAGCCACGUCUACCCCGUCACCAGGCUCGGCAAGUACCUGUGCAUGCUCUACGCUCUCUUUGGCAUCCCGCUGAUGUUCCUGGUCCUCACGGACAUAGGCGACAUCCUGGCCACCAUCUUAUCCACGUCCUAUAAUCAAUUCCGAAGACUCUCCUUCCUCCCAGCUCCCCUUCCCAAGUGGUGCUCCGGACGCUCCUGCAAAAGCCGACCGGACUCCCGUCCCGCAGAUGAAGUCCUCCCGCACGUGGUCAUCCAUGACCCGGAGCUCCCGGCCGCCAAACCUGCCCCCGCGGCCCCAAGCAGCAACAUGGAGCUGUUCGAGAGACUUCUGGCACGGGAGAAAGACAGCACCCUCCAGGUGCCCCCUCUGGCCAUGGAGAGGAGCACGUCGUGUCCCGAGCUGGGGUCCGGAAGGCUCUCGAACUCCAUCAUCAGCAACCUGGAUGAGGUGGGGCGGCAGGUGGAGAGGCUGGACGUCCCCCUCCCCGUCAUCGCCCUCGUGGUCUUCGCCUACAUUUCCUGCGCGGCCGCCGUCCUUCCCAUCUGGGAGAAGCAGCUGAACUUUGAAAACGCCUUCUACUUCUGCUUCGUCACGCUGACCACCAUUGGGUUCGGGGACAUCAUGCUGGAACACCCUCACUUCUUCUUGUUCUUCUCCAUUUACAUCAUCAUUGGGAUGGAGAUUGUGUGCAUUGCUUUCAAGCUAGUGCAGAACAGGCUGGUUCACCUCUAUAAAACUCUCAUACUCUUCUUUGCAAACGGGAGGCUUUCCAGUCCUGUCAAAAAGUGA